AUGGUCCCAGAGGUCUCUCAUGGUCUCACAGUCCCAGAGGUCUCAUGGUCCCGGAGUCGGUCCUUGGUCGGUGCUUGGUCCUUGGAGCUGUACGUGGAGCUGUACCUAGGGUCAGGAGCUGUACCUGUGGUCAGGAGCUGUACCUGUGGUCAGGAGCUGUACCUAGGGUCAGGAGCUGUACCUGUGGUCAGGAGCUGUACCUGGGGUCAGGAGCUGUACCUAGGGUCAGGAGCUGUACCUGUGGUCAGGAGCUGUACCUGUGGUCAGGAGCUGUACGUGGAGCUGUACCUAGGGUCAGGAGCUGUACCUGUGGUCAGGAGCUGUACCUGGGGUCAGGAGCUGUACGUGGAGCUGUACCUAGGGGUCAGGAGCUGUACCUGUGGUCAGGAGCUGUACCUGGGUCAGGAGCUGUACGUGGAGCUGUACCUAGGGUCAGGAGCUGUACCUGUGGUCAGGAGCUGUACCUGUGGUCAGGAGCUGUACCUGGGGUCAGGAGCUGGUCAGGAGCUGUACGUGGAGCUGUACCUAGGGUCAGGAGCUGUACCUGUGGUCAGGAGCUGUACCUGGGGUCAGGAGCUGUACGUGGAGCUGUACCUAGGGGUCAGGAGCUGUACCUGGGGUCAGGAGCUGUACGUGGAGCUGUACCUAGGGUCAGGAGCUGUACCUAGGGUCGGGAGCUGUACCUGUGGUCAGGAAGUGUACCUAGGGUCAGGAGCUGUACCUGUGGUCAGGAAGUGUACCUGGGGUCAGGAGCUGUACCUAGGGUCAGGAGUUGUACCUGGGGUCAGGAGCUGGCCAGGAGAUGUACCUGUGGUCAGGAAGUGUACCUGUGGUCAGGAGCUGUACCUAGGGAAGUUUACCUGGGGUCAAGAGCUGUACCUAGGGUCAGGAGCUGUACCUGAGGUCAGGAGCUGUACCUGGGGUCAGGAGCUGUACCUGAGGUCAGGAGCUGUACCUGGGGUCAGGAGCUGUACCUGGGGUCAGGAGCUGUACCUGUGGUCAGGAGCUGUACCUGUGGUCAGGAGCUGUACCUGGGGUCAGGAGCUGUACCUGUGGUCAGGAGCUGUACCUGUGGUCAGGAGCUGUACCUGUGGUCAGGAGCUGUACCUGUGGACAGGAGCUGUGGGAGAGGCCGGUGAAGCUGCUGAACGUGACGAGCUGAGGGUUGACGAGGGUCUUGAGCAGGUCGGAGGUCACGCGGCCGAACUCUAA